CCUUUGGGCCAAUCCUUUCUUUUGAAUUCUUUGUGACUGGCAGGCAUUCAGACCAAUAGUGAUUAGGAAACCUUGGAGCCUGCCCAACGAUCGUGGGCAGGAGGUGGUUUCUGGUUUGUUGGGGCGUGUGUAUGUGUAUUUGGGGGUACUGAAGGGUACGUGGGGCGAAACAAAACCGACCAUGGCAGCAGCGGAGGAGGAGGACGGGGGCCCCGAAGGGCCAAAUCGCGAGCGGGGCGGGGCGGGCGCGACCUUCGAAUGUAAUAUAUGUUUGGAGACUGCUCGGGAAGCUGUGGUCAGUGUGUGUGGCCACCUGUACUGUUGGCCAUGUCUUCAUCAGUGGCUGGAGACACGGCCAGAACGGCAAGAGUGUCCAGUAUGUAAAGCUGGGAUCAGCAGAGAGAAGGUUGUCCCGCUUUAUGGGCGAGGGAGCCAGAAGCCCCAGGAUCCCAGAUUAAAAACUCCACCCCGCCCCCAGGGCCAGAGACCAGCUCCAGAGAGCAGAGGGGUGAGUCUUCUUGUCCAGUUGUGUCCCUUCCUUGACAGAUUUGCCGGCUUCCCAUCUGACUUUUUCCGCCUCCCUAGGGAUUCCAGCCAUUUGGUGAUACCGGGGGCUUCCACUUCUCAUUUGGUGUUGGUGCUUUUCCCUUUGGCUUUUUCACCACCGUCUUCAAUGCACAUGAGCCCUUCCGCCGGGGUACAGGUAAGAGUCACACUCAGCUCCCAUCAGGGAGCCCUGUGAAUCCCCUCAGGGCCCCUCCCAGCCUAGGAGCAUAUGCUUCCACAGCUUUCCUCUCUCCCACAGGUGUGGAUCUGGGACAGGGUCACCCGACCUCCAGCUGGCAGGAUUCCCUCUUCCUGUUUCUCGCCAUCUUCUUCUUUUUUUGGCUGCUCAGUAUUUGAGCUAUGUCUCCUUCCUGCCCACCUCUAGCCAGAGGAGAAUCAGUAUUGGGGGGUCCCUGCUGACCCUUCCUUACUCCUGGACCCCCUUGACUCCUAUAUUUCUGUUGGCUAAGGCCAGCCCUGGACAUUCUCCAGGAAGGCCUGGGGAGGAGGAGUGAAGUCUGUGCAUAGAUGGGAGAGCCUUCUGCUCAGAAGCUCACUCAGUAACGUUGUAAUUCUCUGCCCUGGGGAAGGAGGAUGGAUUGAGAGAAUGUCUUUCUCCUCUCCUAAGUCUUUGCUUUCCCUGAUUUCUUGAUUUGAUCUUGAAAGGUGGGCAAAGUUCCCUCUGACUCUUCCCCUACUCCCCAUCUUAUUGAUUUAAUUUAAUUUUUCACUCCCCAGAGUCUAAUAUGGAUUCUGACUCUUAAGUGCUUCCUCCCCCUCACUACCUCCUUUAAUACAAAUUCAAUAAAAAAGGUGAAAUAUA